AUGAGAGAUGUUUGUGAUCAAAUGAAAUUAAGAAAUAUCAAGCCAGAUGUAAAUACGUAUAACAUAUUGCUAUCGGCAUAUCAAAGUGACGGAGAUGUAUUAGAAUCAUUCAAAUUACUGGACGAUUUGUUAUUAGCGGGAAUAAAGCCAAACAUAGAUACAUACAAUGCUUUAUUGAAGACAGUUAUAAUGUCUCCGGGAAAUCAACCUGCUCAUCUACGGGAACUUAUUUUUGACAUGAUCGAAAGAGAUUGGCUUCAGCCAACCAUUGUAACUUAUGAUAACUAUCUUACAGCUUUGUUAGUUAAUGGAGAAAUUGAACGAGGUAUUGAUUUUAUAGACAUUUUGAAAAAUAAAGGAAUUCAGCCAACGGUCACAAUGUACGAAAACUUGAUGAAGAAGAUAUGUCAUUUUGAAUGGCCUGAAGAAGCACUUUCUUUACUAAAGAGGAUGGAAGCUGAAAAUUUACCGACAUAUUCAUCGAUGUAUUAUGAUGUUUUAAGAUGUUCUACAGAUCAAUAUUACCUCGAUGGUCUAAUAUAUUGUUGGGAAAAAAUCAUCGAAGAACGUUAUUUAGAUCUUGACGAAGGUGCUUGUAUAGACGUCCUUCAUGUAGCUGCAAGGUUUGGAAAGCCUCAUCUUGCGGCACAGGUACUCGUAUAUUUGACGGAAAAUCGCAAAGUAUCUCUUGAUAAAUGGCAUUUGGAACCACUAUUGGAAGCUUUUAUUAAUGACAAUGACAUUAAACAAGCUAUGGACAUGCUAUCGGUAAUGACCGCAGCGGGAGUUAAGCCAAAUAGUAGGACCGCACUUCCGAUCGUAGCUGCCAUUUCCAAAAACGUUGAAUCCAUUGAUAAAGCAUAUUACAGCCUGGAAGAACUUGUUAAAGAUGAUAUACAUCGUGCCGUAGAGACAUACAAAUCAGCCGAAAAACUGGGUGUUAAACCAGAUGUUCAUACGUUUAAUGCGCUAUUGGGUGUAUGUUUUUCAGCGCAACAUCGUGAACUAGGACAACAAUUCUGGACGGAGAUGCAGCGUGCAGGCAUACAACCUGAUAGCGAGUCGUAUCGUCGUAUGAUAUACUUAUGCUGUGGUACAGAUUAUGAUUACGAAGAUGCAUUUGUUUACUUGGAAGAGAUGAAAGCGCAAAAUAUUUUACCAUCAUCUACUAUUUAUGAAAAAAUCAUUAAAACAUGCAUCAAUCAUAAUGACUCAAGGGCUAAGCUGGCUUUGGAAGAAAUGGAAAGCUUUGGAUACACAAUACCCAAAGAUAUUCGUAAUUUGUUUGAAAAUAAUGGGGUUAAUAGAACUGGAUCGAAUCGAGGGGUAGGAAAUGUCAACGAUUUGCAGCAUAAGACUGUGGCAUCUCGUGACUUUAAUUUCGAUUUUCGGUCGGGGAUGAAUGACCAAUUCAGUAAAAGCAAAACGGACGAUGAAACUAGUUUAGAAUCGGACACAUUCAAUGCAGAAAAUGAAUUGAACGAUUUGGAUAGUUUUUUAAGUGCGCUUACCAAAAUGAAAAUAAAAAAGUAA